AUUAUGUUCAAAAAAUAAUUUUUUAAAUAAUCAUUAUAAACUAAUUUCAUAAUUUAUGUAUAUAUAAAAAAAAAAAAAAAAUAAUUAUAAAAAAUAAAUUAUAUAAAUAAAUAUUUCUGAGGAAUAGUAACUAGUUAUUAAUUAAUUAGAUAUGUCACAUCAAUCACAAUCACAUUUUUUUAAUGAUGUAUUGAAUAAUAAUAAUAAUAACAAUAACAAUAAUAACAACAUCAUUAAUAAUGCAAAUAUUGAAAAUCCAUAUAUUGCAGUAAACAAUAAAAUUACACCAGAAAAUGUAACUUCAACAAAUUUAAAUCAAAUAGAAAAGGCUGUAAAAGUAGCAAAUUCUCAAAAUCUUGACUUGGCUCUCAUUGGUAAUUGUUCUUUCGGUGCUUUGAUAGAUAAAAAGUCUUGCAUUAAAUGGUGCUGUAUUCCAAGAUUUGAUGCCGAUCCAAUUUUCUGCUCAUUGGUUAGAAAAUCUAAUGACUCUGGUUUCUAUGAUGUAAUUGUUGAGAACUUUGCAUUUAGCGAACAAAGUUAUAUUAAAAAUACCGCUGUUUUAUCAACAAAACUUUAUAACAAUAAUGGAGGAGGUGUAGAAAUUAUCGAUUUUGCUCCACGUUUUAACAUGUUUUCCAGACCAUAUAGACCAUCAAUGAUUGUCAGAAUCAUUAAACCAUUGGGAAACUGCAGAAUCAAAGUUAGAUUAAGACCAACUUUUGGUUAUGGUUGGGGUGCACCAGAAAAAACUAGGGGUACAAACCAUGUCAGAUACAUUCUACCAUCAAUGGUAAUGAGACUCACAACCAAUGCUCCAAUUUCAUAUAUUGUAGAUGAAGUAUUGUUUGAAGUCGAUGAAACUCUUUAUUUCGUUUUUAUGGCUGAUGAAAGUUUAAGAGAAAGUCUUCAUGAUAUGACUAAUACUUAUUUAGAUAAAACUAUUGAGUAUUGGCACGAAUAUACCAAAUCUUUAGCAAUUCCAUUAGAAUGGCAGUCUCAAGUUUUAAGGGCAUGUAUUACCGUUAAACUAUGUCAAUUUGAAGAGUCUGGUGCCAUUAUUGCUUCGAUUACAACAUCAAUCCCAGAAGAGCCAAGUAAAGAAGGUUAUGAUCUAAGAUUCUGCUGGAUUAGGGAUACAUCUUAUAUCGUUCAUACAUUCAAUAAAUUGGGUAAUACUAAAAUGAUGGAGGAUUUCCUUACAUACAUUUCAAAUAUUGUAUCUGGUUCAUUAGAAAGAGGUGGUUUUCUUCAACCUGUAUAUGGUAUUUCUUUAGAAACCAAACUUUAUGAAAAGUCAAUGUAUAGACUUGCUGGCUAUAGAGGUUUGGGUCCUGUUAAAAUAGGUACAAGAGAUUACAAAACAAUUCAAAAUGAUGUUUAUGGUCAAUUAAUCUUAGCAUCUGUUCAAAUGUUCUUUGAUCAAAGAUUAAAUAAACCAGGUGAUAUUCAUUUAUUCCAUAAGUUAGAAGGUUUGGGUAUGCAGGCUUAUACAAACUAUAAUAAACCAGAUUGUGGACCACUUGGUAAUGGUUCCAUUGAAGAUGGAAAGAUCUAUACCUUUUCAUCAUACAUGUGUUGGAUUGGUUGUGAUAGAUUAGCUAAAAUUGCAAAAAGUUUGAAGGUUCCACUUAGACAACAUUUUUGGCAAGAAUCAGCAAACAAGAUCAAGGAAGAAAUACUAGAGCGUUGCUUUAAUAAAGAAUUAAACUCAUUUACCUCAAUUUGGGAUGGUGAUUCAGUUGAUCCAUAUCUUUUAUUAAUGGCUGAGUCUGGAUUCAUUGGUAUUAAAGAUCCAAAAUUCAUUGGUACAGUAGAAUUAUUAGAGAAAACCCAUAGAAAAGGCAAAUAUAUCACCCAAUCAAUGGAUAGUAACAGUGCAUCAACAACAUUCACUCUCAAUUAUAUUUCAUGUCUUGCCAAAAUGGACAGAGCUGAAGAAGCUAGAGAGCUCUUUGAAAAUAUUUUAAAUGACUGUACACCAUUAGGUCUAAUUAGCCAAGAUGUUAAUCUUGAAACUAAAGAAAUUUGGGGUAAUUUCCCAAAAACAACUUCAAUGGUUGGUAUUAUCAAUGCAGCACUUUGUUUAAGUAAACCAUGGGAUGCUGAAAUUUAAAUUUAUAUUUUGGAAAAAUUAAUUUAAAAAAAAAAAAUUAAAAAUAUAUAUAAAAAGAAAUAAAUAAAAAAAUAAAACUUAUAAUAAUAAAAAUAGAUAAUAAUAUAGUAUUAUAAUAAAAUUAUUUUUUUU